AUGGGUGGGUUGCGUGGUUGCGAAGGUUUGCGCGGAUGGUAUAAUGAUGGUACUGGUUGCGUGCGGAACGUCUGCGGCCGGUCUCGGUGGUUGAACAGACAUGGCUGCCGCCGUACCCCGCCUCCUUCGGCCCACGGUUUGUGGCGAUGUCACAAAAUCAUUUUAAUAGCUCGUGAGAACACAGGCUCAAUGUCUGCCUUCUGCGGGUGCUGUAUGCGAGAAGGCGACAUCCAAUAUGAUAACACGAGGGAGUCAAACGUGUCGACGUAA